CUGCAUAAGCGGCGAAUCCCUGACACGUUGGGGUUCCCGCAACUUCAGCCUGCCACUACCAAGCUGUUUUUUGGACUAAACAUUUCGAUUUCGGAAAGGCUCGCAGAACAACAAGGGCUUGCGUUAUUGCUGUUCCAUAUGUGCAUAAGAUAGCGUCCAUAUUGAUAUGAGCAUGGCGGAGGCCUCGCAGCCCGGAGUUGCUUCGCCAAAGGCGGAUGUGCGGGCAACGCUGGCAAAGGCUAAGAGCGAGGUGGAGGCGCUUCGGAAGCUUGUUCCUUCUGCAACGCUGAAUAAGCGUUACUGCUCGGAAAUUUUGGAAGCGAGUGAUGCAUGUCUCUUGCAGCUCGAGCAGUCCAUCGCGCUGCACAGCGCCUCAAUGGGCACGGGCGACGCGGAGGGCCGGCGGCUGCAGGACGAGCAGAUGGAGCGGCUGCUGCCGGCCGCCACCAAGCUGCUGCAGGCCACGAAGCGCGCCAGCCACAAAGUCCGCAAGCUGGGUCAGCCCAGCGGCGUCCGGCGGCUGGUGGCGUGGGCUAAGCGCCGCACAUACAAGGAUAAGCUGAUGGGGGUCAAGUACGAGAUCACAACGGCGCUGGACUACGGCGCAGCCUCGCUGGCGGCUGCCGCGGCCGCGGCGGCGGUGGCGGGCGGCAGCAUGAGCCGAGGCGGCGCGGGGGCGGACAGCGCCAGCAGCCUGCUGCUAUACCAGGCCACCGCCCUAGCCGCCAUGAACUUUGAGCCCGGCACGCUCCGACACACAGACAUCAAGUCCCCGGUGGCCGCAGUGCGCUUCCUGCCCACCAUCGCCAGGCCACCGCAGCCGCAGCCUGCUACUGCCGACGCCGGCGGCGGCGACGCUGCUACAGCCGCCGGCGCGCUCGCAGCGGCGCCCAGCAGCGGGGGAGGGGUAGGGGGAGGAGGAGGGGAGACGUCGAUGCUGCUGCUGGUGCAGGUGUGGGGCUGGGCGGGCACGGUGGAGGUGUUUGCGCCCGGCAUGCGUGGCUUCCACACCGCCCUGCAUUUCAGCCGCUCCGCGGGCGGCGGCGGCCUGGCGGGGGUGGCGGGCGCCGUGUCAGGCCGCUUCGGAGGCAGCGGUGGCGGAAAGACAGGUGGUAGCAAGGCAGGUGGCGGCGGCGGCGGCGGCGCGCGGCUGACUGUAACGGCUGUGGACUGGGCGGCUCAGGCGCUGUGGUGCUGCUACACGGACGGCAGUGUGGUGCUCACGGGGCUGCAGGACCAGCGCACGGAGCCUCACGCCUGCACACACGCCGCCAUCACCUGCGCACACGCGGCGCCGGGGGCUCUGUGGAUGGGCGACGCGGCGGGGCGGGUGGUGUGCCUGCAGCGGGAGCCAUCGCUCAUGGUGCGCGUGGUCACGGCUCGAGGCGCCGCACACGCCAUGUCCGCCGUCACGUGCGUCUGGGCCCAGAGCGGCGGCGGCGGUGGCGGCGGCGGCGGCGGUGGCGGCGGCUUUGGCGGUGUGGGUGGCUGGGGUUUCCAGCCGCCGCCGCCGCCUGUUGCGGCUGCGGCGGAUGAGGACGGGUGGCUGAUGCUGAUUGAUGGGGAGCAGUACGCCGUCGCAGACGUGUACGAUUGCUCGUCCCACUUUGGCGCCGUCACCUCCAUCUCCGACAUCCCAUGGGCCCCAGACCCACCUGCCUCCAGCUUCCGCAGCGCCGGCGGCGCCGCCGCUACCGCCGCCCGCAGCUCCUUCGCCGCCGCACCCUCCAUCGCCGCCGCGGCAGCGGCCGGCGGCGGCGGCCGCCCGUGGUCGUCGCUGGGCGGCGGUUACGGCGGUUACGGCGCGGCGGUCAGCGGUUGGCGGUUGCUGACGGGUCACUCGAGCGGGCAGCUGGUGCUGUGGGAGGCGGGCGGCGGCAAACUGCGGCCCAUGUGUGUGUUGGGGGAGCCGGGGGUGGGCUCCGUCAGCGCCGUCAGGGGCCUGGCCGUGCUUCCCGAGCUGGGCAUGCUGGUGUCUGGCCACCGCGACGGCCUGCUGCACGUGUGGCCGCUGCCCACCCCCCGCAUGCACCUGCUGCCGCUGCCCGCCGCCCGCCCGCCCGCCUGGGCGCUGAGGCACGGCAGCCUGCGCGCGCACCGCACCCGCAUGAGCGCCAUGGACAGGUGUGGCACGCGGUUGGCCACGGGCAGUGAGACGGGCGGCGUCAAGGUGUGGGACGUGCUGGACCUGAGGUCCAGGGCCAUGAGACAGGGCGCCGCCUUCGCGCCGCUGGUGAACCCCGCCUCCUCCGCCUCCGGCUCUCUGGCCGCCUCCCUCUCCUCCACCGCCGCCGCGCUCAGCCCGCUCUCCGCCACCACCGCCGCCUACGGCGCCGGCGGCGGCUCCCCCUUCGACCUGCCACUGCACCUACAGCUGGCGGCAUCACAGCUGUUCGCCACCAUGCACCGAAGCGCCGCCGCCUCCGCCGCCUCCGCCGCCUCCGCCGCCUCCGCCGCCGCCGCCAUCACUGCAAGCCACGGGCAGCAGCAGCAGCAGCAGCAGCAGCAAGUGGAGCGGGCAGCCACCGUUGGCGGCGCCGCCUCCGGCGGCGCCGCGGAAGCCGAGCAGAAGCAGGCAGGUGGCGAGGCGGCGGUGGCGGCCGCUUCAUCGGCAACGGCAACGACGCCCCAGGGCGGGGAGCAGAGCGGCGGCGGUGGCGGCGGUGGCGGCGGCGGCGGCGGGCUUCCCACCGCCAUCAGUGCGGUACAGGCGGCGCAGAUGCAGGCGGCUGUGGCGGCGCAGCUAGCCACUGGCGGCGCCGCCGGCGGCGGUGGCGGCCCGGGCGGCCUGAGCGGCCCGCUUUCCACCGCCACACAGCGCGCGCUAGAACAGGCAAUGCAUGCGGAGCUGUUCGCACGGACCACCGCCGCCAACGCCGCCUAUCUAGCCGCCGCCGGCGGCAGUGGCAGCAGCGGCGGCGGCGGCGGCGGCAGCGGCGGCCCCGGCGGCGGCGGCCCGCUCUUCAGCGGGAUGGUGUCGAGUAACUUCAUGAUGCUGCCGGGUGGCGGCGGCGGCGGCGGCGGCGGCAUGCCGCCGCCACUGGUGGUGCCGUUGGCGCCGUCCAGUGGUGGCGGCGCGCCCAUGUGGGCUCUGGUGUCGCCGCUGGGGAACUACCCCGGGGGUUACACGGGGGGUUACGCGGGCAUGCCAGGGUUCGUGCCGAACAUGAUGAUGGGCGGCGGGUCCUUCCUGGGUGGCGGCUCCUUCAUUGGCGGCAUGGCGGGCGGCGGCGUCAGUGGCGGUGGUGCCGUACGCAGCCUUGACUCGGUUCGGGAGGAGGAGGAGGCGGCGGCUGGGGGUGUGGGGAGCGGCCCAAGCGCGAUGUGGGGCCCGGGCGGCGGCGGCGACGGCGGCAGCAGUGGCCCCAACGGCCCCAACGGCAACCACGGCGCUCGCAGUGAGGCGGACACAAUGCUGGCGCUGCGUAACCAGUUCCUCAAGGACACCGACAUGAAGCUGAUUGAGGAGAUCGGCAACGGCGCUGAGGGCCGCGUGUGGCGCGGCAAGUGGCACCACAUCAACGUGGCCAUCAAGGAGAUGCACCCCAAGUCCGCCUCCUUUGCGCGCAUCGCCACCAUUGCCCGCGAGCUGAGCGGCCGGCGCCCCGGCGGCGGCGGCGGCGGCGGCCCCGUGAUCAGCAGCGAGAUGGCGGCGGUGAUGAAGGAGGUCACGUGCCUCAUUGAUCUGAGUCAGCACCCCAACAUCGUCCGCUUCAUCGGCGUGUGCCUGGAGCCGCCCCGCAUCGUGACCGAGUACUACCCCAAGGGCAGCCUGUUCGGGAUCAUUGAGAAGGCCAGGGACGAGGGUGAGUCGGGCGCGCUGCGUCAGCUGCAGUGGCUGGGGCGGCUGGUGAUGCUGCAUGACGUGGCGGCGGGCAUGGCCUUCCUGCACGACAGGAACUACGUGCACGGCGACCUGCGCUCGCCCAACGUGUUCGUGGCGCAGGACGGCCACGCCAAGGUCGGCGACUUCGGCUUCGCGCAGCUGCUGGCCGGCCCUGACGCCGAGAAGGACAGUGCUGAGCAGCAGGAGGCGCGCAUGACCAACCCACGCUGGCUGGCACCGGAGGUCAUCCUGGCGCAGAAGAGCAGCCAGGCGGGGGACGUGUACAGUUUCGCCAUCAUCAUGUUCGAGCUGCUGACGUGGAUGGUGCCGUACGAGGGGCUGGAGGGGCUGCAGGUGAUCCUGCUGCACUCCAUGCACGCGGCGGAGGGGCAGCCGCUGUUCCGGCCCGACCUGCCGCCGGACGCAGAGCUGCCGCAGGUGUCUCGGCAGAGCGGCAGCCUGUCCGCCUACAAGCAGCUCAUGAGCGAGUGCUGGGCGCAGAGGCCCGAGGACAGGCCCACCUUCAGCAAGGUGGCCACCCGCCUUCAGACCAUCAUCCACUGGGAGCAGGCCUUCAGCCACGUGCGCCUCAUCAGCGUGUCGGCGGGCAGCGGAGGAGCGGCGGCGGCAGGCGGCGGCGGCGGCGGCGGAGGACUGCAGGACGGCUCGGCGCGCAGUGUCACCAGUGCCCUCCUGCCGCUCGGCGGUGGUGACGUGUUGACCGUGGAUCUGCUGAUUGCGGACGCCAGCGGCACCCGCCGCAUCAGCGGCGCCGCCAGCCUGUCCGCCGGCAUGCGCAGCCGCCUGAGCAGCAUCGCCAGCGGCCUGGGCGCCGCAGGCAGCGGCGGCGGCGGCGGCUUCGGCAGCGGCAGCCCUCGCGGCGGCGUCGGCCCCAGCCGCGCCAGCGUCAGCGCUGGCGGCGCCGCCGAGGCGCUGCCUGCCGGCGGCGACGUCGACGGCCCGAACGGCGGCGCCGCCGCCGCCGCCGCUGACGGCGGCAGCGGCGGCGGCGGCGUCAUGUUUGGCGAGGAUGGGCAGGUGCUGGGUGUGGCGGCGGCGGAGCGGCCGGGGCCGACGCCGGCGGAGGAGGCGGCGGCGGCGGUGUUGCAGCAGGUGGUUGGGCCGUCGCGGCGGAUCACGGCGUUGCAGAUGGAAGACACAGGGCAGGUGAUUCUGCUGGUGCAGCAGAGCGAUGGAGAGGAGGAGGAGGACGGCGGGGAGGAGGCGGGCGGCGGGGCGGAUGAGGAGGGCGAGGGCGAGGGGGAGGGGGAGGGCAGCGGCGAGGAUGCAGAGGGGCGGGGCAGCAGCCGGCGGCGCGCCGAGGCGGAGGAGGCGGCGGAUGUGGUGGGCGAGCUGCCGCAGCUGCUACAGCAGCUGGUUAGCUCUCCGCGGCCGUUGGCGGCGAGUGCGGUGGUGCUACCGCCCCUUGGAUCCGACGGCGCUGCUGCUGCGGCGGCGGCGGCUGCAGCGGUGGCGGCGGCGGCUUCGCCGGACGGCUCGGCGUCUGUGCCGUUCCGCCGCGCUCGCAGCAGCGGCAGCGGCGGCGGCGUGGCUGUGGCGCUAGCCGCCGUCGGCGGCGCCCCUGGCUUCAGCGCGUUCGGGCAGCCCAUGGCGGCGGCACAGGUCAGCACCGGCGGCAGUAGCAGCGUCAGCGGCGGCGCGGGCGGCAGUAGCGAGCGCAGUAGCAUGAUGUCGCGCGGCCGCCCCAGCGGCCGCUACAGCCUCAAGGCCAUGGCGUCGCUUGUGUCUGCUGUGGAGUCCAUGCCGCAGGAGGUCAAGUCGGCGUUGCUGUCGUGGCAGCCCUCCGCCGCCACCACCGCCUCCGGUGGCGCGGCGGCGGCGGGCGGCCCGCACGCCAGCGCGAACGGCAUGGGCAUGAGCUUGGGCGUGGCGGCGGGUGGCGGCUACAGCUACAGCUCCGGCGGCUACAGCUACCCCUCCUCGCACCCCUCCGUUGGCGGCGGCGGCGGCGGUACCAGCGCCAUGCAGUCGCCCACGACGUCGGGAAGCGCGCAGCUGCCGGCGGCGGCGGGUGGCGGGGCGGCCGCCGCCGCCGCCGCCGCCGCCAUGGCGGCGGCUGCCAGCAGCGCUGCCGGCUUGUCCUCCAUGCCGGGCAGCCGCCGGACCACGGGCCAUCGCGACACGCGCAGCAGCGGCGGCAGCAGCAUCGGCCCCUCCGCUGGCGUCAGCGGCGGCGGCGCGCCCCUGCCGCCCCUGCCGCCGCUGCCGCCGCCGCCGCCAGGCACCUCUCCCGCCUCUUCUCCGCUUCAGGCGGGGCCGGCUGGCGCCGCCGGCGCCGCCGGCGCGCCGCGCCGCCCCGGCGACGACGAGCGGCGCUGGAUGAGUGACUGCAGCGACGGCACCGCCGUCACUGCCACCACCAACGCCACCACCGCCACCACAACCACGGCGCAGGACCUGCCGCGGAGCGCCGCCACCAGCGCCGGCGGCGCCACGCCGGGCAAGGUUUACCCGGCGGCGGGCGCGGCGGUGGCGGCGGCGGGUGUGGGGACGGAGGCGGCGCUGGUGGCGGCGGCGGUCAGCGGCACGCUGCAGAGCCCCUGGGCCGACACGUCGCUACUCGCGGCUAUGGGACUGGUGGAAGAGGCGACGGAGGCGCCGGCGCCGGCAAUGGCGGCAGUAGCAAAGCGGCCGGCGACGGCGGCGCCGCCAGGUGGGGCUGUAGCAGCACAGGUGGCGGAGCUGCCGAACCCGUUUUACAACUUCCUGCCCGCGGAGGCGUUUGGCGAGGGCGGCGCAUCGUCAGCGGCAGUAGCAGCGCCGCCUGCGUCAGCAGUGGCAGCGGCUGUAGCUACAGCUGCAGCCAAGUCGCCUACGGCGGGGGGCUUGGUGAAUGUGGUAUCGAUGCGGGCGUCUGCGGCGGCACCGGCGCCGGCAGUAGCAGCAGUUGAGGGGCCGGCAGUACUGGCAGUAGCAGUAGCAGGCAGCGGCGGCCGGCCCAGUCUGAUGGCGGAGGGCAACCAGCCGCAGACCUACACGCCGUUUGCGGGAAUUGACUUUUCGGACAUGACGUAGUUGGUGCGUGGCCUGUUUAUUUCACGUCCGCCGCAGUGUUUGCAUGUCUGGUGGGGCCAGACGGGCAAGCCGCUGCUGGUCGAAAAGAAACGCUUACUGGGACAAGAAAAGUGGUUUUGCCUCGCAAGGGAAAAGUGGUCCAAGCCACGUCUCUAGUGAGCGCCUACCUGCACUUCUGCAGUCCCCGGCAAGAUUACCAUGCAAGAAUGCAAGCCCAUCUCAAUCAAUAUUUCAGCACUCCGAAGCCGAGAAGGGGGAGCGGGGAAGGGGAGGACAGGGGUGGGGCAGGGGAAGGGUGGACAUGCGCAGGAGGACGAAGAAAUUGAUUGGGCGCUCGGGCUGUUCGCCCGCCACUGAUACUUCUCCCUAUGGCCCCCUGCCCCAUCGCUGCCUACGGAGUGGCGACCAGCGGAAUUGCUUGCCUUACACUAUACUACUGCUAUCCUCUGAGGACUUUCUUUCAAGCGAUGGCCGCUGGGCGUAAGCCCGCCUUUUUACUUCUUAACGGAACCAUUAUUGACCAUUACUUUCCUAGCGACACAAUAUCUUAAAUGGAUCUAAGCCAAGGAAGCCAUGAAAGAACGAUUGGGCGUGAACUCAUGCCGGAACAGUGGGGCCAACGGCUCCCACCCUGAUAUA